GCCGGGCGCCGGAAGUGGGGAGCGACCCGGAAGUUCCCACCCGGCAGAGCUGGUCGGCUGGGCUAUUCGACGCCCCCCGAGCAGAUCCAGUCCCACCGCCUCUGCGAGGGCUCCCGCUGCCGGACUGGCCAUGGACGACACGCUGUUCCAGUUGAAGUUCACAGCGAAGCAGCUGGAGAAGCUGGCCAAGAAGGCAGAGAAGGACUCAAAGGCCGAGCAGGCCAAGGUGAAGAAGGCCCUGCAGCAGAAGAACGUGGAAUGCGCCCGCGUGUAUGCGGAGAACGCCAUUCGCAAGAAGAACGAAGGUGUGAACUGGCUGCGCAUGGCGUCUCGCGUGGACGCCGUGGCCUCCAAGGUGCAGACGGCUGUGACCAUGAAGGGGGUGACCAAGAACAUGGCGCAGGUGACCAAAGCCCUGGACCGAGCCCUCAGCAGCAUGGACUUGCAGAAGGUGUCCGCGGUGAUGGACAGGUUCGAGCAGCAGGUGCAGAACCUGGACGUGCACACCUCGGUGAUGGAGGACUCCAUGAGCUCGGCCACCACGCUGACCACGCCACAGGAGCAGGUGGACAGCCUCAUCGUGCAGAUCGCAGAGGAGAACGGCCUGGAAGUCCUGGACCAACUCAGCCAGCUGCCCGAGGGCGCCUCGGCCGUGGGCGAGAGCUCCGUGCGCAGCCAGGAGGACCAGCUGUCACGCAGGUUGGCCGCCCUGAGGAACUAGGGGACCGCAGGGUGCUGCCUGGGCAGUGUCCCCCGAGUCCUGCCUCCGCCUCGGGGCUGCCCCUGCGGCGGUGCCGGUCCUCCCUGCUCUCAGCAUCUCUUGCCUGCCCAGCCUCGGACCUCUUGUCUUCUGAGGCUGGUGGUGGGUGAGUUUGCACACUCUUCUGACUUUGUGGGUGAUUUCUGUGACUCUUGGCCAAGCAGCUGGUGGCUCCGCAGGCUCCCUCCUGUACCCGACUCUGCGAGGGUGUCGUGUGACAGCACCUGUGCCGCUGGCUGUCUGCCAGUGGGGUGCAGGGUCCCCUGUUGCCGGGCGGUACCUGGAGCCCUCCCAGCAGCAGGCAGGGGCUCCCCUACCUACCCCUGGACAGACAGGGCCCGGGCCCCAGGACACGUGGAGGGUGCCCUCAGGGGCCACCCAGCAAACACACCCCAGUCUGCCUUUGCAGAAGUCCCGGAGGUGGGGCCAGUGCUCCUGCCCGCUGGCCGAACCCUCGGCGCCGGGCCCCAGGUGCAGGCGUGCUCACCCCGGGGGCCGUUCCCACCCCCUCCGCUGCCUCUGGCGGGCCCCUGGGCGUGCGCUGACCCCUGCGGCCCAGGCCCCCCUGGCCUAGGAGCAGCCACAUGUGGUCACAGCUCCUGGCAGCGGACUGCAGUGCCUCCCCCACCCGACAGCCCCUCCUGCCUUGUGCUCACACCUUUGACCUCGGAAGCCAGAGUGGCUGUCGGAGCCCCGAGGGCCCAGUCGGCUGUGGCCACCGCGCGGGCAGGACGGAGCAGCACACGCGUCCCGAUGGCCUGCCUGGGCGGCACCCUCUGUCCUUCACGUUCCUGAUGUUUACUUCGUUUUCUCGAAGCUGUUUGGAUUUGUUUUGAGGUUUUCUUUUAGUUUUGGGGGUUUCUCUUUUUUUGCCAAAACAGAGGAGUGGGCAGAAGAUGGGGAGCACGGUGCUGCCCGACCUGCCCUUCCCGAGGGCCGGCUGUCACAAGAGCCGUCCUCGCACUGGGGGCUCUUGGGAAUGGACACACUGGAGCACUACGUCUGGGCUUGCGCGUGUGUUUCCUCCUGGACUGGGAGCCCGUGGGUGGCCUGCACAGUGGGUGGCACGGGGGCAGACGUGGCGGGCCGUGGAGCGAGACUCGAGCGAGGGUGGGGCUCUGUCUGGCUUUUCUCCUGACACAGGGACCUCGCCUCACUCCCUGGCCGUGGCUCCCCGGUGCACCCACGUGCUGGGGUGUCGGAGAAGGUCCUGGGAGUCCUGGACCCCGUGGGGGGAGGGGCUGUGGCCCGUGUGAGGGCCAAGGGCGUCUGCGCCCUGUUCCUGAAACACUGCUGCAAGUAAACAAGGUGAUUGCUGAGAA